AUGAUCACAUCCUCGUCCUCCAUCCUAUGGGUUGGGCUGAUCGUCCUGGUCUGCCUCGCCCAGCCAACCUUGGCCUUCGGCGCUGGCAACAUUGCCAGCUUGUCCAAAGUCGAAGGCGUCAACUGGCGCCACGGUGACAUUGAAGAUGCUCUCCUUAACAUUGCCAUGGCUCGCGCUCUGAAGGGCAAGAACUUCAGCAAGCUGAUGGUCUCGCGCGUGUACUUUGGCAAUUGGCUACGAGACUACUCGCAGGCCGUCGACGUCGGCACUGUCAAGUCCGUCUCGGCCGAGGCCAUCCGUCUCGUUCUCUGCGUGCUGGGUUUCCUCACCUUCGGCUACGGCUCGAAGGAGUUCCAGGUGACGGCUGACAGGCUCGGCUGCUACCGCCCUGAGGAGCACAUUGAUAACCCCAAGAACUAUGCCGAUAACGAGGAUGCCAGACGAUAUGACCGUCGACUUCGUGGUCCCGUUGACGAGGGCGUCGAGCUUGCCGUCGACCCCGAGACUGGCAUGAAGAACUACAUUGCGAAUGAGAGGGCUGGCAUUAUGACUUCUGCCAAGCUUCUUCGCGACCUACUGGGCAACUGCAUCGAGCUCGGUCGUAAAUAUGGCCGCAACCAGCGGGAGGAGGAUCUCUUUGAGGCUCUGCGUCUUUUGGGAACUGGUCUUCACUGCCUCGAAGACUUUUUCGCCCACAGCAACUACAUCGAGCUUGCCCUAAUCGAGAAGGGCGAGCGCGACAUCUUCCCCCACGUUGGUCGCGAUACCGGUAUCAGACUUCAGGGUGCUCGCGAUGAAGUCUUUCCUCUCGUCACCGGCACCUUCGGUGGUGUUGACUUUCUUCACUCUGUCACGGGCGAAGUUACGGACAAGCUGAAGCAAAACGAGCUCCAGGAGCUCGAGAACACUUUGCAGGAGAACAAGAACAAUGAUACCAGCAUGCUCCGCAACCUCCUUGACAUGAUUCCUGACGGCAUCUUUGGAGGAAAGCAUCAGAGCGACCGGGUUGACGAGAUCCAACAGAACUGCAACUCGUCUCAGAUGCAGAACAUGGAGGUGUCGCCCCGCGACCCCGAGGAGUUCACUCGUUACGUACAGGACAUUUUCAAGCAGAUCAUGCCUCUGCUUGAGUUCCACGAUGAUAUCAUGCAGAGCAUUUCGGAAAAGUUUGAGAAGAUUCCCGUUCUUCCCAAGAUUCUCGAGCAGCUGGAGGAGCAGAUGACCAAGUUCGUGUACACGAAUAUUGCGCCGUUCAUUCUGCCUGUCAUUCACCAGAUCCAGAACGAGAUGAAGACUGGAUCGCAGGAGAUCGUGGAGAGCAGCGAGCGUGAGCAGCACAUUGUCUUCAACGACAACCGGUCUUCCGACCCCACGCACUCCAUGCUCUCCAAGGAUCACUUCACCAACCUUCUGAACGAGCCCGCUGGCCGCACCGCCUCUGAGAUGAUUCGCUGGGUUGUUCCCCAGAUCAUGUCUGCCAUUGAUGACGAGAACAUCGACGUCAACCAGACCCUGACCCGCAUCAUUUAUGGUGUUUUCCACCACCCCGCUCAGCGUGACCAGGGCAACGACGGUAUCAGCGAGGGCAGGAAGGUUAUCUUUGGUUCCAUUGAGAACUGGUGGGAGGGCCUUGGCCGCCAGGGCCAAGACGAUUACCGCCGCAAGCUAAGCCGUGAUGGCGUGAAGAACAAUGAGAACCACAAGCCUGGUGUUCACGACACUGGUCACGGCCACGGUUGCAACGGCAAGCUCCAGAUGCACAAGCAAUUCGGCGGCAAGCCCGAGACGUGGGAAGACAAGGUUGCCGACAAGGCGGCUGGCGCCAUCAUCACGGGUGCUACUGGUGCCAUCUCUGGCAUCAUUGAGCAGACGACUGGCGUCAAGGUACCCUCGUACAAGCAGCCUGAGCGGAAGGAGGAGAAGCAGAGCUCUGGCGCAGGAGGCUUGCUCGGCGCUGCUUCGUCUAUCUUCGGCGAGGUCUUCGGUAACGAUGAGAAGGAGAAGACUACCUCUAGCCACAAGAACAACGAUGGCUCGUACACCCAGACCCAGACCGAAUACGGUCACUCUGGCAACAAGUAUGCUCAAGCGCAAAAAACGGAGACCCAGUACCCUGACGGUGGUCGCCGUACCGAGUACAAGAAGUACGAGCAGGAAGAACAGUCUGGUGGGCGCACAAGCGGCCACGGCUACGAGGAGAAGACUGAGACGCGGCCAUCGCAGGGCGGCGGUUAUGAGCAGCGCACCGAGCGCCACGAGUACCAGGGUAGUUCUUCGGGUUACGGCGGUCGCCAGGAGCAAAGCAGUUACGGUGGUCGCCAAGAGGAGAGCAGCUACGGCGGACGCCAGGAAAGCUCUGGGUAUGGAGGCCGCCAGGAGCAGAGCAGCUACGGCGGACGCCAGGAGAGCUCUGGCUACGGUGGUCGCCAGGAGCAGAGCAGCUAUGGUGGUCGUGAGGAGAGCUCCGGCUACGGUGGCCGUCAGCAGGAGAGCAGCUACGGCGGUCGUGAGGAGAGCUCUGGCUACGGUGGCCGCCAGGAGAGCAGCUAUGGCAGCCGUCAAGAGAGCAGCUAUGGCGGGCGUGAGGAGCAGAGCAGCUACGGUAGCCGUCAGCAGAGUUCUGGCUAUGGUGGCCGUGAAGAGCAGAGCAGCUACGGAGGUCGCCAGGAGAGCAGCUACGGCGGCCGUCAGGAGAGCUCUGGAUACGGUGGUCGUGAGGAACAGAGCAGCUACGGCGAUGGCGGCGGCGGUGGUUACGGAGGGCGCCAAGAAGAGAGCUACGGCGGCCGUCAGGAAGAGAGCUAUGGUAGUGGACACGGGCGCAACCGCAGCGGCGAACGUAACCGCAGCCGGGAGCGCAACCGCAGCCAGGAACGCAACCGAAGCCGUAACCGCAGCCAGGAGCGCCGCUGGUAG